GGGUAAUUCCACUGUGCCCUUGCGCUCUCGGCUGCUUAUUGAAUGACUGGGUGCUCGCUUGGCUCAGGGUUCUGUAGCUCAUUUAUUUGUGCACUGUGAAGUCCAGCUUUCUCCACAGUUAGAAGACACGAUGAUGGCCGCGAGGUUUUUGCUUCGCCGUGCGGCUCCUGCACUGAGACAGGUUCGCUCUUACGCCGAGGCGGCCGCCGGAGCUCCACAGAUGUCCUUCACAUUCGCCUCUCCGAAUGAGGUCUUCUUCACUGGAGCCAGUGUGAAACAAGUGGAUGUCCCAACAAUGACCGGCGCCUUUGGUAUCCUCCCAGCUCACGUCCCCACACUGCAGGUGCUGAGGCCUGGGGUGGUCACUGUUUUCAGUGAGGAUGGCUCCUCUUCCAAAUAUUUUGUGAGCAGUGGUUCAGUCACCGUCAACGCUGACUCUUCAGUGCAGCUGCUUGCUGAGGAGGCUUUUCCUCUGGAUAGUCUGGACCUUUCUGCUGCUAAAGCUAAUCUGGAGAAGGCCCAGUCCGAGUUGGUCAGCGCUUCAGAUGAGGUCUCCAGGGCAGAAGCCCAGAUCAGCAUAGAAGCCAACGAAGCCAUCGUCAAAGCUCUGGAAUAAAUUUGUCAUCUUUAUGGUCAGACGUCCUUUGUCACUUCCCGAAACUCUGCUAAAUUCAGUAACUGCAAGUCAAGCCGAUUGCUUUGUACAGUGAACAUACCAAUAAAUUUAUUUGGAAGUAA